GAGACUGUUCUCCUGCGACCGCGUCCGUUCGAGGAACGUUCAGGCAGGUUUGUCCUGUUACCCCUUCUUCCCCGACGACCACCGCCGAAGCAGCUACCAGUGGAAGUUUGGGAGCGUAUCAUCGAGGAACUGCUGCAUGACGAGGCGAAUUGGACAUUAUCGAGGUGGAAGGAACGGCGGGCGCGCCGGAGGGAUAUCUUGCUCGUAUGCAAGACUAUUAACAGCAUUGCAUUACCAGUGUUCUAUUCGCAUAUCAGAAUCAGCUCCGUAGAGGCCUUGGAAGGGUUCACAAACCACCUAUACGCAUCCGACCAACAGUGGGAUUCUCUCAGAAGGAUACCCUAUUCCACGCCGGGCCGCUGGGUACAAACCCUGGACAUCUCAACGUUGAAUGGCAAUUCAAGAUGGGAGGAGUGCCGUAUAGACACGCUUCUGACCCAACUGUUCCCUCUAGUGCCAUGUCUCAAGGAGCUCUACUUCAGUCCGAAUGUUCAAGCUACCAGCCGCAUGUGGGACUCCCUAGCUAGCAGCGAUGCAAGCACCCAUUUGAGGGUACUGAGGGGCCUGAAGGGGACGGUCUCCCCGGGGUCGGCGCUCGCUGCUUGUCGAGAUCCCCUCGUCCGUGUCCUUCGAGCGUGUCAAGAUCUCAGAGAACUAGAAGUCGUCGGGCCUGGCUUCGACCUCUCAGACCCUGAUUUGUGGGAGGCAGGCGAACCACUGCCGUCUGCGACCUUCCAUCCGCUAACACUUCCCCAUCUGACAACUCUGACGGUCUUGUCAACACAUUCUUCUCCACUUCUCUUCGCCCUCCUGCACUCCCCAUUGCCGUCCCUGGCAAGCCUAACAAUCACGCCUUACCACGACAUCUCAUAUCCUACGUCUCUGGUCUCUGAAUUCAUCAAGGUUCACGGGACCAACCUUCGGUCUCUCUACUUGUACACGCCCAAGUCGUGGCCGACUAUCCUGCGUACCUCUCCGUCCACCCUGCUGCAGACGUCCCCUCGUCUCAAACAUCUGUCCUUGGAAAACCCCAUCCCAGCCUUGGCUCUCCCAGAUGGGAGCAUCCAUCCCCUUCAAAUUCUCUCGGUUCCCCGGCCGAGUGCGCAGUUCCUGAGUACCCUGGAGAGUAUUCUGCCAAGACUUCCUUCACUAGUGGCGGUUCGGGCUAGGGAUGUGCACUGGUUGCGGAAGGGAAUCUCUUCCAGAGCUCAGGAAGCCGGAGUUCAGGGUGUAAUGCGGGAAUGGAAGAGGCGCUUCGGACGGCGAGGGAUCAAGAUCUUAGACGCGGACUGGAAGGAG